GGCCUCGCGCGGCUUCCGUCCUGGCUAAGAUGGCGGCCCCCGGGGUCCCGAGCGGCGGCCGCAAAGGGCGCCGCCGCCCAGGGCGAGGUCGGGCCGCCCCGCGCGGAAGAACCGCCCCCAGCGGCCGCCCCACCGCCGCGUAGCACUCACUCACCGCCCAGCCCCGCCCGGGACGGCAGCCGCGCCAUGGACUCCCCGGGCUCCUCCGGCUUCCACUUCUCCGCGGACCCCACCGGCCCCGGCGCGGUCGCGCUCCUGCAUGCGAAAAAGCUCAAAAAGUGGGAUGAGUUUGAAGAUAUACUGGAGGAGAGAAGGCACGCCAGUGACCUGAAAUUUGCCAUGAAAUGCUACACGCCUCCCAUCUAUAAGGGCAUUACCCCUUGUAAGCCCGGUGAUAUUAAGGAAAUGGUUCUCAGCUCUGAGGAGAUCAAUUAUGUCAUUAAGCAGCUUUCCAAGGAGUACUGUCUCUCUGUCACUACCCUGCGGGAGGAAGCCUUAGAGAUCCUGGAGGAAAUGAGUCACAAGCUUCGUCUGGGAGCUAUUCGGUUUUUUGCUUUUGUCCUGAGUAAAAUUUUUAAACAGAUUUUCUCGAAGGUGUGUGUGAAUGAAGAAGGCAUUCAGAAAUUGCAACUGGCUAUCCAGGAGCACCCGGUGGUCCUGCUGCCCAGCCACCGGAGCUACAUUGACUUCCUGAUGCUGUCCUUCCUCCUGUACAGCUACGACCUGCCUGUGCCUGUGAUCGCAGCGGGGGUGGACUUCCUAGGCAUGAGGAUGGUCGGAGAGCUGCUCCGGAUGUCGGGGGCCUUUUUCAUGAGGCGCACCUUUGGUGGCAAUAAACUCUACUGGGCUGUGUUCUCAGAAUAUGUAAAAACUAUGCUGCGGAAUGGUUACGCUCCUGUCGAGUUUUUCCUGGAAGGGACAAGAAGCCGCUCUGCCAAGACCUUGACUCCUAAAUUUGGUCUCCUGAGUAUUGUGAUGGAACCAUUUUUUAAAAGAGAAGUUUUUGAUACCUACCUUGUCCCAAUUAGCAUCAGUUAUGAUAAGAUUUUGGAAGAAAGUCUUUAUGCCUAUGAGCUGCUAGGAGUUCCUAAACCGAAAGAAUCUACAAGUGGGCUGCUGAAGGCCAGGAGGGUUCUGUCCGAGAACUUUGGGAGCAUCCAUGUGUACUUCGGAGACCCCGUAUCCCUUCGGUCUCUGGCAGCUGGGCGGAUGACUCGGAACCCAUACAACCUGGUCCCAAGGUGCAUCCCUCAGAGACAGUCCGAGGACAUGCACGCCUUUGUCACCGAGGUUGCCUACAAGAUACAGCUUCAGCAGAUUGAAAACCUGGUGCUGAGCCCGUGGGUCCUGGUCGUGGCUGUGCUGCUUCAGAACCGGCCGUCCAUGAGCUUCGACGCGCUCAUGGAGAAGACGGUGUGGCUGAAGGGCGUGGCCCAGGCAUUUGGAGGCUUCCUCCUUUGGCCCGAUAACAAGUCUGCGGAAGAGAUUAUCCAGUCCAGCCUCGUUCUGCACUCCAACCUCGUCCGCCUUGUGAGAGACGAGGUGGUUCUGCACAUGGCGUCGGAGGACUCAGAAGUGGUGGAUGGCCUCCUCUUGCAGCACGUCACGCUCCUCAUGUGCUCGGCGUACAGGAACCAGCUGCUCAACAUUUUCCUCCGUCCUUCCUUGGUAGCGGUGGCUUUGCAGAUGACCCCCGGGUUCAGGAAAGAGCAUGUCUUCAGCUGCUUCCGCUUCCUGCGUGAUGUGUUUUUAGACGAGUUCAUCUUCCUUCCAAGAAACACACUCAGGGACUUUGAGGAAGGCUGCUACCUGCUUUGUAAAAGCGAAGCCAUACAGAUGGCAGGGAAGGACAUCCUCAUCACAGAGCAAGGACACGCCGUGUUAGAUUUUCUAGUGAAACUCUUUAAGCCUUUUGUGGAGUGCUACCAGAUAAUUUGCAGAUACCUCUUGCAUGAAGAAGAGGAGUACUUCACUGAGAAACAGUACUUGGCUGCAGUUAGAAAAUUUACAAGUUGGCUUCUCGAUCAAGGUGCCUCUCAGUGUUAUGAUGUACUGUCUUCUGAUGUGCAGAAAAAUGCCUUAGCAGCUUUUGUGCGACUUGGUGUUGUGGAGAAGAGGAAAGAAAACGAGUGCUGCAUAUUUAGUGUGCAUGAGCCUGCCCUCAGCAGAUUAGAGGAGAUGCUUGAUUGCAAGACGCCGAUAGGAAAACCGGCCACUGCAAAACUUUAAUCAUCGCCAGAUGGUUGUAGAAAACUUGACCCCAUAACUACUGCCACAGAGGCGUUCCCGCAAACAACCGAACGGAAGAGCCGCAGCGUGUGACCCACAGGCGCAGACAGGAAGAGAUGGUCACGCCGGCCUUCCCCUUGUGCGGCUAGUGGCGUGCCGGUCAGCCCUGUGCAUGGUCUAAAAUAAAACAGUCUUUGACAACA